AUGGUAGGAGGGGGUGUGGCCGCCUCCAAGGAGAAUAUCGAGGCCGCAGUAAGGUUUGCGGAAAGCGUACAAUGCCCAGUGGUUACAACCUAUCUGCAUGGUGACGCCUUCCCACAGGACCAUCCUCUUUGCGCUGGUAUUCUGAGUUAUGGUGGUAGUCUGGGGGCUAUGAAAGUAGCCAAGGAUGCUGAUGUCGUGUUGGCUUUGGGCACGCGCAUCAACCCUUAUAUGAAAAACCCUCAAUACGGCUUGGACUGGUGGCCGAAGAAUGCCAAGCUAGUUCAAGUUGAUAUCGACUCUCGACGACUGGGGCUCACCAGUCCGGUAGCAGUAGCGGUUAAUGGUGAUGUUGGACAGUUUAUGGAUAUUCUCACUAGAUAUUUUACAUCACCUGAAGGGAAGCACGCGGCGCGACAGCUCUUAGACCCGAAUGCCAUCAAUGGUAGAUUGUCUAAGGCUAGAGCUCAUGUCAGUGAGUGGGAAGCGACACUGAAGAGUAUGACUGACGAUACGAAGUUGUGCCAACCGAACAGGGUGAGGCCUCGGCAGGCCUUGGCAGCUGUAGAAACGGCUUUGCCGGAGAACACCAUGUUGAGCGUCGAUACUGGCAAUUUGUCGGCUCUCAGUAGCAGCUAUAUGCCUAAGUUCAUCACGCGUGAGCCGUCCCUUGUCGGUCCGGGAAUGUGGGCGUCUUGCGGCCCUGCGUUUGGUGCUAUGAUGGGCGCUAAGCUGGCCAGACCCGACAGACCGGCUGUGGCGUAA